AUGUCAGAUUGGUUGAAUUUCUUGGGUUGGACAUUUCUUCCAAAUUUAGCGACAAGCUUCAUUCAAACUUUUUGUUACAAGAUUGCACACUGCGUUGGAGUUAAAUAUCCAAAACCCGGGCAACCAAGACAUGCCACACAUUAUAGAUGGAUAUACACUUUUGUUGUAUUAGCAUACUUAGUGUACACGAUCGUAAAUGUUAUUUAUUCCAUACAACCGAAUUACUAUGCUGCGCUUAAUAUAGAUCAAGACUUUUCUGCCAAAGAAAUUAAGAAUAACUUCCGGAAGCUACAAUUAUUAUUUCACCCCGAUAAAAAUCAGGAUGAAGCAGCUCUGGCAAAUUUUAUAGCAUUGCGAGUAGCCUAUGAAACUUUGAUGGAUCCUACAAAACGGUUUGCGUAUGACAGGUUUGGACCAGAAAUCGAGAAUUGUAACAAUUGUUUAACCAUUCGUGAUUACCUUGCGCAUGGUUGGUCUUCCUUCAUUGGAUUUUAUCUAGGAGUUGGCCUAGUACUUUUCAUCCUUAACAUAUUAGGAAAGGGUCAAUUCGGACGUUUCUGGAGAUUUGUGGUUUUUUUUGGCGUGGCCUGUAUUGAAUCUUUGAUAAUUUUACACCCCGACACACUUGCCAUCAUUCCCUUUGGCUUAUCGCGUUGGGUUAUUUUCGAACAGGUUACUAUUCUUCGACAACUUUUUAUAACCGUAUUCAUUGCCAUAUCGCAAGUAGGCCCGGUGUUAUUCCCUGCCGAAUCGAUAGAUGAGCGUUAUCUCCUUAGGGAACUCGAAUCCCUUAGCAACGCCGCUAUAGAAGAUUCUAAAAGUAUGCUCAGGGCAAGCUUUCAGCCUUUCCGGGAAGAUCCUGCAGCGCAGGUUGAGUUGAGGAGGAAAAUGGAGGAAUUAGUUAUCGAUAAUUUUUUAUGCCAGAAUGAUCCAGAAUUUAAUCAAGUAUAUCAACGAGUAAUUGUUAAUUGUAAGAAAACCAACUGA